GCUAUUGGCUUUGUGCUGGGACUAUGCAGCAUUUUGGUUUGGUUGACGGCACAGCUUCCGCAGUUUAUUAGCAAUGUUAAAAAUCAGAGCUCUGAGGCGUUGUCAAUUUGGUUCCUGGUGGAAUGGUUCGCUGGCGACACGUUAAACCUGCUAGGCUGCCUGAUUCAAGGCCAGCAGCUGCCAACUACAACGAUUUUGGCAGCAUACUUUGUGCUAAUGGACGUCAUCAUGCUACUUCAAUACAUUUACUACGGCGCCUUGCAGGCCCGACGUCAGCGCCUGCGCGCCAAAACGUCCCGCCGGCGCCCUGAUGCCCUGCUCCCCCUGCUCGGCGGCGACCACGACCUCGUCCUAGACCCACAUGGUCUCCACAGCAGCUCCAGCGCCCUGCGGCCGGCAGCCACAAGCGCUGGCGCGGCGCUAUCCUCCGGGGCCCGAAGCCUCACCGCGGUCCUGUAUCCCGCUGCAGCAGCUGCUGUCGCGUGGACCAGGUCUGAUUAUGAUGACGACAGCGGAGGAGGAGGGGGAGGGGGAGGCGGUGUGGGCUGCAGGUUCCUGAACUGCGAUGUGGCUCUGGUGGCGGGCACUGCCAUGGGCUACUUGUCGACGUGCUUUUACCUGGCCUCGCGAGUCAGUCAGAUCCGUAAGAACCUGGCGCGGAAGUCCACCGAGGGGCUGUCGCCCUUCAUGUUCAUGCUUACAAUGAGCGCCAACCUGUGUACGGGAAUCAGUAUCGUACUGCGGCUACGUUCCCUGGAGCAGCUCAAGGAGCAGCUGCCCUGGAUGUGCGGCACCUUUGGCACCAUUGCUCUCGACAUGACGCUGUUUUACCAG